AUGAACGAGUUACCACCAACAAAACCUCCGCGCGGAGUUAAAUAUGGAAAAGAUGAGUCCGGCUGUGGUUUUCUUGUCAAUGUCAUUAAAUCUUUGGGAUUUAGUGAGACAACAGAGGAGCGACAACAGGAGAAACUUAAGAUUGAGAAGGAGUUCAAACGGUCCGAUCAACGCUUAAAUGAAUUGGUAUCGCGUCAUGAUCAGCAGUUGACACAAGUUCUGCCGCUUUUCAGCCAAGUGUCCACAGAAAUAACAGCGAGUCGUGAACGCAUUCAUGGUGUAAAGGAGAAUCUAGGUGCUUGUAAACGAUUGCUGCAAUGCCGACGUGAUGAGUUAAAAAAGAUGUGGACAGAUGCGGUGCAGCAUAAAUAUGUGCUGGAAAUGUUGGAACAAAUCAACGAAUUGCGUAAAGUGCCUCAACGUGUUGUCAGUUAUACGACAAAACGGCAAUAUUUACAUGCGAGUAAGGCGCUUACCGAUGCACUCGCAACGAUACAAGGACCACUUAAAGGCGUUGAAGGAUUAGCCGACUUACGUGUCGAUUUACAAUCACGUCGUCAACAACUCUAUCAACGAUUACACGAAGAACUUGUUACACAAUUGUAUAAAAAUUCCGCCGCGGAGGCAUUCACCACUUUUCAACGUAAUAAUUCCAAUCGCCUGAAUUCAAGUUUUACACGUGGCAUUGGAGCGCGACGCUCCACAGAUCGCAUCGAAGCGAAUACGCGCAUACGCAAAGCUCUCGUGGAAAUGGCGCAAGGCUUUGAUCUUGAUAAGUCUGAAGUAAUUGAUGAUGCAGAUUUAGUUGAUCCAGAGCUGAGUAUGACUUACUUUAUUUCAAUUAUUGUCGAAUGUUUCGGCAUGCUAGGCAAAGUGCCUGAAUCACUGGAAGUAUUACGCGUCCAAAUACAAACUCAACUAUUAGAGGUAGUACGACAGACAACGUAUCAAUUAAUUGCGCUCAACUGUAAUGCCAAUGAGCGCGAUAAUCCCUUAUUAACAUUGCUGGAAGUUAUCUUUAAACAAUUCAAAGCUAUUGCAAAAACUCAUGCACUACUAUUAAAAAAUUAUUUGGUUGUUGUACAAAAGUAUGCCGUCGUGGGACCACAACCAUACGAUUUAACCGAUUUUUGGGCACAAGCACAGUCUGUGCUACAAUUACUUUUAACCGAUUAUUUGGAUAUACAAAAUGCUUCGGGCGAUGAUGCAGCACAGUCGGCAUUCGCGGAGCCAUCCAACAAUAUAAAUUCGUAUUUUUUGCGGCGCAAAGUUCCAAGCACCAAAAAAGCACUCUUCAAAUUCGAUAAGUCAUCGCAUUAUCCACCGCAAGUUACUGCAGGCGGCACAGUUAAAGAGCAUCGACGCAAUGCUUCUGACGUGUCUACAGAUGAUAAUUUAACAACAGCUGCACUCGGUGGCGGUGGCAGCGGUAGUGUAAAUGGCAGUGGUAAUUUCGCGCAUGCCAAACAACAACGAGACAAGGUGUUAAUCUGCAAAGCCGACCAGAAUGUGAUAACUAAAGUCUAUUUGCCACUUAUGAACUACAUACAAGAUAUUGAGGGCUUUAUGAAGUGCAAGCCGGGGCAACCCUGCAGCUUACAUGAUUUCAUCGACAAUUAUAUUAAGGAUACAUUCCUAUCGAAGGGCCACAAUCGCAAUCUACAAUUAACCAUCGAAUCGCUAUCGAAAAAUCAGGAUGCAUGGCGUACGAUUAUAUCGCCUGAAGAGAUCAAAGCAAUGGGUUUGUCCCGUCCACUACUACAAUCCACAGCCAUGGUGGAGCGUCGUCUGCAAGAGACCAAAACACUAAUACAUGAGUUGCCAUGCUAUUCAGAUGAGCUAUUAAAAAUGGUAUGCGCGUUAUUGAAAACAUACCGUGAGAUAGCACAGGCGGCUUAUCGCGGUGUCGUCCAACCCGAUUCGGAAGAUAAACGCAUAUAUAGUGUAGCUUGGUUGAAGGAUGAAGAUAUUAGUCGGUUUUUAAAAACACUACCCAAUUGGACCGAUCUAAAAUCGUCCAGUCAGCGUGUAAAACAUGGCAAAAAGCUGCAACGCAACUCUUUCGAACCGUCGGAGGAGGAAAGUCCACUGCAAGUGCAACAACGCAAUGUACGCGAAGCUGAAAUGUUAACCAGCAAUUUGGGUGAAGGUGGUAUUACACAACAGGAAAUUUUAGCAGACAUAGGUGUGUUGAAAGAAUUAGCUGUGCUGCAAGAGAGCAUAGAAUGGUUCUCUGGUCGUGUGUCGGAGUUUGCCAAUGAGCUCCGUAAACCUUUAGUGAAUGGCCUUAAUGUCAUAACGUCAGAGUGCACAGCUACACAUUCGGCCGCAAUCAAAGACGGCACUAUCAAAGUGUUGACCAAUUUGGCACUCGAGUUCGAUGAACUGGCCAAUACUUGUUUGCUGGUGCUACACUUGGAGGUGCGCGUGCAAUGCUUCCACUAUUUGCGCUCGAAACCCGCUACUAAAUCGAGCAGUUUCAUGGGAGCUAAAGACGAUGACAUACUUGAACCUGAUCGACAAGUGCAAAUGCUAACUAAACGUUUAUCAGAAAUGGAUGAAGCAUUUAGCGCAACACUGCAUCCGCGUAAAACAAGGUAUAUUUUUGAGGGUUUGGCGCAUUUGGCCGCUCGCAUACUCAUACAAGCUUCAAACUAUCUGGAACACAUCGAUCAAGCGACAGUGCAACGCAUGUGUCGUAAUUCGAUAGCAUUGCAACAAACGCUAAGCAAUAUAACAGCUUCGCGCGAGAUAGCGCUGGAUCAAGCAAAGAACUUUUACGAAUUACUGUGCAUGGAACCAGAUGAUAUACUUACCAAUAUUGUUGAGAAAGGCUCUCAGUUUACUGAAAUGCAAUAUCUGAAUGCAUUACAGUUGUCUUGUAAAGCGAGGGGCAUUACCGAAGCCAACGCGUUGGCGUCGUAUCAGCAAAGAUUAUCGGACAUUUUGGGCGCAAAACCCUCCACGGGAAUUGUUGUUUAGAUCUGUUUUCCGCCAGAUACCAGAUGUGUUGCUUCAGCAACGUUACACUAGCUGUUAAGACUGUUCGUUUCGCAUAACGAAAUGCACUUAAAUAUAAAAAAAAACAUACUGUUUAUUUAACUUUGCUUCUGUGUUAUUACAUAGAUCGUAAAAGGACAUUAUUAAUAGAAAACCUGUGGCUAGAAAUUGCUACAUACAAAUGAAAAAAUUAUACAAUAGUUAAAUGCAUUGAAUAUGAAUAAGUGCACGCAUUAACUCACUCGUGAUUCGCCUGCAACAGUUCGGUUAAUUAUUAGCUAUUAUUAUAUAACAUUGAUACUAUUACAAAGUGGAUAAAAUUAUAUACAUAUACAUAUAUACAUACAAA